UCUCCUCCCCCUUAAAAAGCCUUCCUUUGUUUUCCAAGGAAAUUCAGGUGAAAGAAAGGGUGGGGGAAACGAUAUUUUUGACUUUCCUCACAAUCCAGACGUUGGAAAGAAAAAGGAUUUCCUUUGGGCUGCUGCCAUGACUCUGAUCUUUUAUGCUGAUAAAAUAUUUCCUUCUUCUUCUAAAAAAAAAAAAGCUAUGGGAAAAAAUACACUUCAACUAUACUUACUCUAACUUUAGCGUUAAAAAAAAGAAAAAAGUUUUCCAGUUUACUCUUCUUUCACAGAGCGGUUUUCUUCUUUACCAGUUCAGGGAUUGCAAGAGCGAGCGAGCCAAGUCAGCAGCGCUUUUUGGAGGCUGGCGUGGAGGAGGACUACAGGAUCCAGAGGGCUUUGGAAACUCCAACAGCUCCAAGCUUGUUGGCUACUACGGUUUCCCUGAGGAGUGACGCUGUGAAAACAAACCCUGAUUGGUCAGGCCAGGGCUGAAUUCUCCAUUUAUGGACAGAUUGCCCUGCCCGAGCCGAGGCUCAGCCAGAGGAGUACGGAGUAAGUGGCCGAAGAAAGAGGAGCAAGGCAGGGCAGCUCGUGGGACGCGCGGAGAGCAUUGCACUCACCUAGGCGGGGCGGCGAGCGCCGGGUCUGGGUGGACCCUGGUCCUCCACAGGAUGCGCCCCGCCUGCUAAGCAGCCUCCUGCUCGCCUUCACCUACCGCCGCCGAUCCCCCCUGGAUGGAGUGCCCCCAGGGUUCCCAUUGGUUCCUGUGAGUGCUUGGGUUGUCGAGAGCCUGUUUUUUGGCGAAGGGAACCAACUUUUGAAGUUCGCCCAGGAGACUGCGUUCCAGCCCCAGCUCCCCGGCAGCCGGACCCGGCAGAGGCGCGAUCGCGGCGCGAGUCACCAUGGGAAGCAAAGGAGCCUACCGGUACCACUGGCAGAGCCACAAUGUCAAGCACAGUGGCGUGGAUGACAUGGUCUUGCUCUCCAAGAUCACAGAGAAUGCCAUCGUGGAGAAUCUAAAGAAGAGAUACAUGGACGACUACAUUUUUACAUAUAUAGGAUCUGUAUUAAUCUCAGUCAACCCUUUCAAGCAGAUGCCAUAUUUUGGGGAAAAGGAAAUUGAAAUGUACCAAGGAGCGGCACAGUAUGAGAACCCACCACAUAUCUAUGCUCUUGCAGAUAAUAUGUUCAGAAAUAUGAUAAUUGACAGAGAGAACCAAUGUGUCAUCAUCAGUGGUGAAAGUGGUGCUGGAAAGACAGUGGCUGCCAAAUACAUCAUGAGUUACAUCUCCAGGGUGUCUGGGGGAGGCCCCAAAGUCCAGCACGUCAAGGACAUCAUCCUGCAGUCCAACCCGCUGCUGGAGGCCUUUGGGAAUGCCAAGACGGUCCGGAACAACAACUCCAGCCGAUUUGGAAAAUACUUUGAAAUCCAGUUCAGCCCAGGUGGGGAACCAGAUGGUGGAAAGAUCUCCAACUUCCUUCUGGAAAAAUCUAGGGUGGUGAUGAGGAACCCUGGCGAGCGGAGUUUUCACAUAUUUUACCAGCUUAUUGAGGGCGCCUCCCCAGAGCAGAAGCAUGGCCUGGGCAUCACCACCAUGGACUAUUAUUACUACCUGAGCCUCUCGGGAUCUUACAAGGUGGAUGGCAUUGAUGACAAGAAGGAGUUUCAGGAAACUCUGCAUGCCAUGAACGUGAUUGGGAUCUUUGCGGAGGAGCAGGCACUGGUGCUACAGAUAGUGGCGGGGAUUCUCCACCUGGGAAACAUCAGCUUCAAGGAAGUUGGCAAUUAUGCGGCCGUGGAGAGUGAAGAGUUUUUGGCUUUUCCUGCCUAUCUCCUGGGGAUCAACCAGGACCGGUUGAAAGAAAAACUAACAAGCCGACAGAUGGACAGCAAGUGGGGAGGCAAGUCAGAGUCUAUCCAUGUGACCCUCAACGUAGAGCAAGCCUGUUACACCAGGGAUGCACUUGCCAAGGCCCUGCAUUCCCGGGUCUUUGAUUUCUUGGUAGAUUCUAUCAACAAAGCAAUGGAAAAGGACCACCAGGAAUACAACAUUGGCGUCCUAGACAUCUAUGGCUUUGAAAUAUUUCAGAAAAAUGGCUUUGAACAGUUUUGUAUCAACUUUGUUAAUGAAAAAUUACAGCAGAUUUUUAUUGAACUCACAUUAAAGGCAGAACAGGAAGAAUAUGUGCAAGAAGGCAUUAGAUGGACACCCAUCGAUUACUUUAAUAACAAAGUUGUAUGUGACCUCAUUGAGAACAAAGUUAACCCUCCUGGGAUCAUGAGCAUUCUGGAUGAUGUAUGUGCCACGAUGCACGCGGUGGGUGAGGGGGCGGACCAGACGCUGCUCCAGAAACUCCAGAUGCAGAUUGGGAACCAUGAGCACUUCAACAGCUGGAACCAAGGCUUCAUUAUUCACCAUUAUGCUGGGAAGGUAUCCUAUGACAUGGAUGGCUUUUGUGAGCGGAACCGUGAUGUGCUUUUUAUGGAUCUGAUCGAGCUUAUGCAAAGCAGUGAGCUACCUUUUAUAAAGUCUUUAUUUCCAGAAAAUCUGCAAGCUGACAAGAAAGGGCGCCCAACUACUGCCGGAAGCAAAAUAAAGAAACAAGCCAAUGACCUUGUGAGCACCCUGAUGAAAUGUACACCUCACUACAUUCGCUGUAUCAAACCCAAUGAAACCAAGAAGCCCAAAGACUGGGAGGAAAGCAGGGUGAAGCAUCAAGUGGAAUACCUGGGCCUCAAAGAGAACAUUCGAGUGAGGAGAGCUGGUUACGCCUAUCGGCGUGUCUUCCAAAAGUUCCUGCAGAGGUAUGCCAUCCUGACCAAAGCCACCUGGCCCUCAUGGAAGGGGGAUGAGAAACAAGGCGUCCUGCACUUGCUGCAGUCCGUCAACAUGGACAGUGACCAGUUCCAGCUAGGGAAGAGCAAAGUGUUCAUCAAAGCCCCCGAAUCUCUCUUUCUUCUAGAAGAAAUGAGGGAGCGAAAGUACGACGGGUAUGCUCGAGUGAUACAGAAAUCAUGGAGGAAAUUCGUGGCCCGGAAGAAAUAUGUCCAAAUGAGAGAAGAGGCCUCCAACCUUCUGUUGAACAAGAAGGAGAGACGGAGAAACAGUAUUAACAGGAACUUCAUCGGGGACUACAUUGGGAUGGAGGAGCACCCAGAACUCCAGCAGUUUGUGGGCAAGAGGGAGAAGAUCGAUUUUGCAGACACAGUGACCAAGUACGACAGGAGGUUCAAGAGCGUAAAGCGAGACUUGCUUCUUACUCCAAAAUGCUUAUACUUGAUUGGACGAGAAAAGGUCAAACAGGGUCCAGACAAAGGCCUGGUGAAGGAAGUGCUGAAGCGGAGGAUCGAGAUGGAGAGGAUCUUGUCUGUGUCCCUCAGUACUAUGCAGGAUGACCUUUUUAUUCUUCAUGAGCAAGAAUAUGACAGUUUGCUUGAAUCUGUCUUCAAAACUGAGUUCUUGAGCCUCUUAGCAAAGCGUUACGAGGAAAAAACCCAGAAGCAACUACCUCUGAAGUUUAGCAACACGCUUGAAAUCAAGUUGAAAAAGGAGAACUGGGGUCCCUGGAGUGCAGGGGGCUCCCGGCAAGUACAGUUCCACCAAGGCUUUGGCGACCUGGCCAUCCUCAAGCCCAGCAACAAAGUGCUGCAGGUCAGCAUUGGACCCGGGCUGCCCAGAAACUCCCGUCCUACCCGAAGGAAUACGAUUCAAAGCAGAGAUUAUUCCAGCAGGACUCACAAUGCCAACUACCCGAUGAGAGCUGCCCCUCUGCCCCCAGGAUUGCAUCAGAAUGGAGUCAUUAAAAACCAGUUUGUGCCAUAUUCCCAUGCUGCUGGAAACCAGAGGUCAAAUCAGAAGAGCCUGUACACGUCCAUGGCACGCCCACCUUUGCCGCAGCAGCAGUCCAUCGGCUCGGACCGAGUGUCACAGGCGCUGGAGAGCUUGGAUUUCCUCAAGGUCCCAGACCAGGGUGCUGCCGGGGCCCGGAGACAGACAACCAGCCGGCCUCCCCCAGCAGGGGGCAGACCCAAGCCCCAGCCCAAGCCCAAGCCUCAGGUGCCGCAGUGCAAGGCUCUCUAUGCCUAUGACGCUCAGGACACAGAUGAACUCAGCUUCAAUGCCAAUGACAUUAUCGAUAUUAUCAAAGAGGAUCCUUCUGGCUGGUGGACGGGGCGACUGCGCGGCAAGCAGGGCCUGUUCCCCAACAACUACGUGACCAAGAUCUGAGCGCGCAGAGACUCUGACGCUAGGGACGAAGGAGCUUCAGGCACACGUGGGAGGGGACGUGUGGGGGCCCCCGUCCUGAUCCACAGCGAGCAGCUGCUUCUGCGAGGCCUGGAGCUCCUCGGCCCCCUGCCCUGUGGAGGACUUCACAGAGCUGGGUUGGAGACAGGGAGUGUCACUCCACAGGAACCCAGGAGGGCAAAACAAGCACCCACUAAGAUUUAUUUAUUCUAUUUAAACCUGGUGAGAGGACCAGGAGGUCCACGCAGACCUUGCCAGCUCUAUCAAAACAGCAUCUGCUUGCUCACCAGGCCCAGGGGACGGCCCUGGGUGGCCACUGACAAGUGCCUUUAGUUGAAGAAAACCUCUCUCUCAUCCCUCUCUUGUUACCUGACAUGUGCAUUCCUCGGCCACCUGCCCUCCGAGGGGACCCCGCUCUCUGCAGGCGCUGGGGGGCUUGGCGGGAGUGGGCACUUCCCAUGCAGAUGCCAAGGGCCUACUGGGCCCACAGGUGCAUGGGUGCUGCUGAUUUUGCCAGGCAGCAGGGCGGCAGCUGGGCUGUGGGCCAGGCUCUCUCUGGGUCUUCAGUUGGUAUGUGGCUGGCCCAUGCUGGUUUUCGUGUUUAAUGCUGUACCUAUUAUGAGAAGGAUCUUUUUUUUUCAAGCUGUACAUUUAUUAAAAAAAAAAAACACACAGAUCAUAUACUGUAUAUAUAAAAAUCUCCAGAUGGUAGAAACAUGUAUGAAUGUACUAAGCAGUAUCCCACUGUACUUACUCUUAAGAUAGGUUUUAUGACAAGACUCAGAUCAGGUACUUACAGACGCGCACUACUCCUUUCUGACUGUAGAACCAUCAGUGUUACUGCUUCCGAGCUCAGUCCCCGCACACCCUCCCAGCCCUCGCCUGUUGGGAGUUCUCCUCUGCCCCCCACUCCGUGUCUCCUCUCCUGACCUCCAAAAUAAAGGAAUCAGUGAACCAC